GCUGUUGUGUUGUGUUUAUUUAAUAUAAAAACAAUAAAGUUAUGUAUUUUGAAGUUUUGGAGCAAUGUUGAUCUUGUAAUUUUUUAAUUUUGUACAUCUCGAAUGUUUUGAUUAAUUUUUAACUACGUUGGAGCAGGGUUUGGAGGUGGCAAUGAAUCAAUACGAAGAACAGUUGAUGCAAGUGCAAGAGGCACUGAAAACGGCAAGUUCGUCGGAACGACAGGGUUUGAUAAGUUUACAAUCUGACCUGAAAGAACUUAUAAAACUUACCAAGGAAAAUUUCGAAGGUGAUGAAGAUUCACAGCAAGAACAGACAAACUCCAAUGCAGAGUCAAAAAGUACCUUGGAUGAUGAAUACGAUUUAUUCAAGGCCGAAUUGGCACAAUUGGAAGAACCACAGAACGACGAAAGUUCGGAACCAGGAAGUAGAUUAGAAGACGAAUUAAAGGCUCUUGAAGGUACCAAAUGCAGAGCUCCACACGGUAGCAGCUGGGGUGGCACAGGAUACCAUAACGCUAUGAUUUGCUCAGUCCACAAAAGUGAUGAUGACAUCAACAGUUUGAAUGAUAUUAUGAUAAGAGUAUUUUUUAUCAAUCCAACACACAAGGAGAUGCUUCCUUGUCCUUAUUUUUUGGAUGGUUCAUGUAAAUUUUCCGAAGAUCAAUGUCAUUUUUCUCACGGAGAACUUGUACCCUUUACAAGUAUACAAGAAUACAAGGAACCAGAUUACUCAAGUAUAAAAAUGGGAAGCAGAGUGUUAGCUAAACAUAAAAAUAAACUGUGGCAUAGAUGUGUCAUUUUAAAAACUCCUGAUGAUAAAAAUGACGAGUACAAAGUAAAGUUUGAAGCUAGUGGAAACACCAUAGACGUUGGAAUAGAUGAUAUUUUACCACUUGAUGAUGCUGGUUUGGAAAUGUCAGAUUCCUCUGACGAAAGUGAUUAUGAGCAAGAAAUGAAUGUUCGUAACAAUGAAGAAGUUGUAGAAAGAGCAUUAUUAUCCGUGAAUUCAAAUGAACGUUUGGGCGAUUGGGAGAAACAUACUCGUGGUAUCGGCAGUAAACUAAUGGCCCAAAUGGGAUACAUUACUGGUACAGGUUUAGGUAGAAGAUCUGAUGGCCGAGUGAAUCCUGUGGAAGCGACUGUACUACCAGCUGGAAAAUCAUUAGACCAUUGCAUGACUCUGAGAGAAAAUGCUGGAGGUGACAAAAACUUAUUCAGUGUUGAAAGAAAAAUGCAAAAACAGAAAAAAAAAUUGGAACAACAACGACAAAAGGAAUAUUUAAGAGAAAAACAAAGGGAAAAGAAUAAUGUGUUUAAUUUUAUGAAUGCUACGCUAGGAAAUAAAUCAUCCGAACCAGGAUCGAGUAAAUCUAAGAGCCAAAAAGAUUUAAAGAAAGAAUCCAACAGAAACUUGAGUAUAGCAAAUUAUCAAAUAUGGGAGGGUAUUUCAAGGUUGGAAAAAGAAUCUGUAAAAUUACAGAGUCAGUUGACACGAUUCAGUGAAGGAAGUGUACAGUAUAACAAUGCUCUCUUAAGAUACAACGAAGCACAGAAACAAAUGAGUAAUUUAAAAGCUUCAGAAAAAAAAAUAACAGCAGAACAAAAUCAACGAAAGUUCAAGGUGAAAAUGAAAGAAUUUUAA